AUGUCCACCCCUCACGUCCCCGUAUCCGGUGUCUGGGCACCAGCAAUCACAUUCUUCAACCAUGCAGAGGACACACUGGACCUCGUCGCCCAAAAAAAGUACGAUACCUACCUCAGCCAGUCCGGCCUGGCAGGUCUAGUAAUCCUCGGCACCAACGCCGAAGCCUUCCUCCUGACCCGCGAAGAGCGCUCCCUCCUCAUCUCCACGGCCCGCGAAGCAGUCGGCCCAAGCUAUCCCAUCAUGGCCGGCUGCGGUGCCCAUUCGACAAAGCAAGUCCUCGAGCUCAUCUCUGACGCCGCGAAAGCUGGCGCAAACUACGUGCUCGUCUUGCCACCUGCCUAUUUCGGAAAAGCGACCACGUCCGCGGUGAUAGAGAGGUUCUACGACGAUAUCGCAGAGAAGUCAGCGUUACCGAUUGUGAUUUACAAUUUCCCCGUGGUGUGUAACGGUGUUGAUCUCGACUCGGAGUUCAUCACCAAGUUGGCGAAGAAGCACGAGAAGAUUGUGGGCGUCAAGUUGACGUGCGCUUCGGUGGGCAAGAUCACGAGGUUGUCUGCUGAGCUGCCGGCGGAGGAGUUUGCUACUUUUGGGGGACAGGCGGAUUUCUUGAUUGGGGGGUUGGCGGUUGGGUCGGCGGGGUGUAUUGCUGCGUUUGCGAAUGUCUUCCCCAAGACCCUAUCGCGCAUAUACAAGCUGUAUAAGGAGGGGAAGGUCGAGGAGGCGCUGAAGUUGCAUCGCAUUGCUGCUUUGGCGGAGAGUCCUUGCAAAGCGGGAAUUGCGAGCACGAAGUAUGCGGCUGCUAUCAACUCUGCUAAAGCUGCUGGUAUUGAGGGCGCCGAGGAGAAGUUGAAGCCAAGGACACCGUAUUUACCUGCUUCUGAGGAUACAAAAGCUCAGAUUAGGAAAGUUAUGGCUGAGAUUGCGGCAAUUGAAGGGUCGCUGUAG